CUGAGAAAUUGGGAUUGCCAUAUUUGGAUGCACCACUGGACACAAUUGGUACAAGUUUUAAGCAUGGAGCUAAUUUUGCAGUAGGGGGAUCCAAGAUUAGUCCAAUCGUCCUUGUGGGUAGCAUGAUCCCUCUUCACCUCGGUGCCCAAGUCUCUGAGUUCUUACAAUUCAAGUCACGCACCAUUGCCCUCUCUCACCACCACCCCUCCAACACUACAAACAACCCACGAUUUGAAAGCAACUACCCAGAGCCGGAGGUUUUCUCAAAAGCUUUGUACACCAUCGACAUUGGUCACAAUGACAUUUCUUACAUUUUCUACAAUUCUUCGAUCCCUACCGUUGUCAACGACUUAUCCAAUUCUGUACAGCGGCUACUUGAGAGCGGAGCAAAGAAUUUUUGGAUACAUAAUACGGGGCCACACGGUUGCUUACCUGGCAGCAUCAACGGCUGCAAAAUGUUCUUUAAAGAAAAAUGUGAGUUAGAUGAGAAUGGUUGUGUCAAGAGGAAUAACAAACAAGCUGUGGAGUUCAAUAAACUAUUGAAGGAGGCUGUUUACAAGCUCAGGGCUAAGUACCCUCAUGCUGCUAUUACUUAUGUCGAUGUUCACUCCUCCAAAAACUAUCUCGUAUUCAAUGCCAAGAAGCUUGGUUUUACUGAUCCAUUCAGUUUCUGCUGUGGAACACCAAAAAUUUAUUGUGGAACAAGAAAUGAAACUGAUAAUAAACUCCUUGGGACUGCAUGUAGUGAUCCUUCAAAGUACAUUGUUUGGGAUGGUGUUCACUACACCCAAGCUGGUAAUCGAUUUGUUGCAAACCUCAUUAUGAAUGGCUCCUUUUCUGAUCCCCCCCUACCUCUUUCUGAGGCUUGUCACAAGGCUUAAAAAAAAAAAAAAACAGAGUCUCUCUCUAUUCAGAUUCACUUAUCUAUAUGACUCAUUGAUUGAUUUCAUAUACUUGCAAGAGAUACAUCAUUGGUGCUCUUUUACUCAAGCCAUACAUAUUGUUGUU